CUCGCUCUCCGCGCAACUCCGCAUCGCGACCUUGCCCAGAGCUCGCGCGCUGCAAGAGCGCCAUGUCUGCGGCGCUGCGGCUGGGGGCGAUUGGUGCGUUUCUGGACCAGGUGCAGAAUGUCGGGCAGAUGGUGGAGAUCGGGCAGAGCCACGUGCACCAACAAGAGCAGAUCCGAUGGGCGCGGCGAGCCUACCAGCUGGAGUCACAGUCAGUGCGCCUGGAUGUAUUUGAUCAUGUCAAGGAGGAGAUCAGAUCACACCACGACACCUACAUGGGCCGCAUCGAUGCCCUGCUGCUGGUGCUGGCACUGGUGUGGCCCUUCGGGCUCAACACCAUCCAGUUCUCAGACCCCUUUGUGCCGCAGACGGAGAUGGAGUGCGAGGACUGUAUUGAAGUGCAGUACACAUGGCUGGUGGGUGCGUGGAUUAUGCUCUUGGGCAUGAUCCUUAUCCUGCCCUUUUGGGGCAUCCUGAUGCUGAUACGAUGCAAGUUGAAGCUGGACAGGUGGCUGGAGUAUUCCCUCGCGCGGCUGAACCAAGCCCGACGCGGGAUGAACAUAGCGCCACCAAAAGAGGAAGAAAGAGAUGAAGAAGAGGAGCAUGAUGAUACCAAGGAGAUCGUUUGCUGCCUCGUGAACAUGGUUGCAGAGUGUCAGGAGUAUCUUGCACUCAUAUGGACAGAGGAGUGCGGUUGGCUUGUCCAGACCUCCACCACGCUGCUUUGGCUCUCUGCCACCGCGGCGCUGAUGCUGACAGCGGAAUCCGUGUGGGUGUUCAUGUUCAACAAGGGCAGCUCUCACGCCACCUGGGGCAACGUCUUUGCCUGCCUAGUCCUGUUUGCGCUGGUGCUGCCGGCGGUGUAUGUGCUGCGCCAGCGCUCCUGGGAGGAGUUGGAGCCGCCCUCUGGCCACGGUGAGGAGCUGUCUUUGGCACAGGCCGUCAGCAGCAAGAUCUACCUCGAGGAGGCCGAGGCUCGAAGGAAGCGGGCCAUCCUGCUGCGCGGCAACAGCAGUGCCAAUUUGGGCACUCCUUUGCUGAGAACUUCUAGCGAGAAGGAGCGCCACCCAGACCGCGGUCAACUACGGCUCGGCUGGUUGUUCUGUGCGAGGCGGAAGGAAGUCAGAAGGAACUUGCCGGGCUCCCCUCUGAUCAGUGAUCUUCGGGCCUUUUGAUGCCUUCGCCGUCGGAAGCUCCGCAACUCGUGCUAAGCAACUCGGGUCUGAGCGCUUCCGUUUCUCGAAACCAAAUGUUUUUCGACCUUUUUGGGUCAAUCUACUCAAGAAGUGAGGUUUUCAAAGCAAGACUGUGCCGCGAGGCCAGGUGCAGAUCCCGCCUUCUGCCCACCCAAGAGUGUGGAAGAAUUGGGUGAAGUGGCGACAACUUCAAAAGUUGUUGGGUUCCAGUCCGAGCUGAUCUGGUGGCCCAACUUCAGGCCGAGGCUGGGUGGAUCCUUUCCCAUUUUCAACGCGGUUUGAAGCGCCGGGGCGAGUCGGGGAAGUGGCCCGACCAUCUCUGUCGCCUUUUUCGGGGCGAUCUGCCCUCCUUGGCCCGGUCCAGCGCAUCUGAUUUUUUGCGCGCCCGGGGCCGACAGACGGGGUCGCUUUGCAACGCAAGGCGACACAAACAAAGAAGGAAACACAGCAAGAACAGGUCA